UAUGGUAAACAAUAGCUUAUAUCAUAGUCCAAAGUUUCUGUGGCAUCUACUUACACUAUAGGAGAAUCAAUAUCAUCUUUAGAUAUAAGUCAAGAAUAUACAGCUGCAGGUUUAUUGGAUGAAACAGUGGCAUUAUGGAAAGACAAAGUAUCAAAAGAAAAUGAACCAUAAAGAUUAGAAGGGCAUUUUUUAGGAAUUGUAGAUGUAAAAUUCUCAAAUAAUGGUGAAUUACUUGCAGUAAGUUCAUUAGAUAGUGUUAUACGUAUUUGGGAUUUAAAGAAAAGUAUAAAAUCAAAAGAAAUUGCAUGUGAUUAAAUGGAAAAUUGGAAUAUUUGUUGGUUGAAAGAUUAUAUAUGUACUGCAGGAGAGGGAGGAAGAUUAUCAAUCUUUAGUUUAGAUUAAAAUCAAGAAGAAAUUCCUGUAUUUUCAGUAGAAAACUCAUUUGCAUCUGCAUUAACUGCAAAUAAUGCAAAUAUUGCUGUUGGAACAGAUAGUGGUUCAUUACAUAUUGUUGAAGAUCCUAUUGAAAAGAGAAAACUUCAUUCAAAAAAAUUUCAUAAAAAAAUGGUGAGAUCUGUAAAAUUUAGUAAUGAUGGUUUUAAAGCUUUUACAAGUUCAGAUGAUGGAGAUAUUAAAUUAAUUGAUUUAACUAAAAUGAAAGAAAUUAAAACAUUUUAACAUCAUUAUUCUGUUAAUUCAAUUGAUGUUAAUCCAAUAGAUGAUAAAUUAGUUGUCAGUUGUUCAUCAGAUUAUAGAGUUAGAUUAUGGGACACAUAAUCUGGAUAAUGUAUUGAAUAAUUUAGUCCAUUUGAUAAAAAAGAUGAUAAAUUAUGGGCUGUUCGUUUUAAUAGAGAUGGAUCUUUAAUUGGAGUUUGCUCAUAACAAGGUUAAUUAAGUUUCUAUAGUAGAAAUUGA